CAGAGUCGUCUUCUUGUUCAGUCUACGCUCUCCCUCCUUAGCCGAAAAUCCUAAAAAAUCCCAGACGAGCUUCGUUUUCUGGCUCUGUGGAUGGUGGAUCUAUCCGGACCCGUAUGCUUCUGAAGGAUCCGAACCGGUUCUGUUUCGUUCGGAAACUGCAAAUGGGGACCCGUUAUAAAUCUGCGUUUUGUGCUGUGAUCGUCUUGGUGUGUUUGGGAGCGUCAGGAAUCGGUUUGGUUUCGGCUCAGAAUCGUAGGCCUAAGAAUGUUCAAGCUGCGGUUCGGGCCAAGUGGUCGGGUACUCCAUUGCUCCUGGAAGCCGGUGAAUUACUAUCUAAAGAACAAAAAGACCAUUUUUGGGACUUCAUUGAUGCCUGGCAUAAUAGUGAGAAGGAUGAUGCUGAAUCUUAUACUGCUAAAGGCUGCCUAAAAAAAUUUGUAAAGCACGGACUCUCUAUUUUGAACGAACCAUUGGCAUCUUUGUUUGAAUUCUCUCUUAUGAUGAGAUCUACAUCUCCAAGAUUGGUUCUUUAUCGGCAAUUAGCUGCAGAGUCUCUGUCUUCUUUUCCUCCGGUUGAUGAAACUAAUUCAAGCAAUGACAGUGGAAUUUCUGAAACAAAUGAACAUGUGGAAAGUAAAAGGUCAGAUCCCUUGAACGUUGGUAGAAACCCGAAAAGGCCUAAUGGGAAAUGUUGUUGGGUGGAUACUGGAGGUGCACUGUUACUUGAUCCAGCAGACUUGAAAAUUUGGCUUCAAAGUCCAAGAGAUUCUUCUGGAGAUUCAUUUCAGCAGCCUGAACUUUUCGAAUUUGAUCACAUCCAUUUUGAUUCAAGUGUUGGAAGUCCAGUUGCUGUUCUUUAUGGAGCUCUUGGAACUGAUUGUUUUAGGGCAUUCCAUCUCACCCUGGUUGAAGCUGCAAAAGAGGGAAAAGUUAAGUACGUCGUUAGACAAGUAUUACCUUCUGGCUGUGAUGCGGAGAUUGACCGUUGUGGUGCUGUUGGUACAAGAGAUUCGUUAAACUUAGGAGGCUAUGGAGUGGAACUUGCUUUGAAGAAUAUGGAAUAUAAGGCUAUGGAUGAUAGUGCUAUAAAGAAAGGUGUCACGCUAGAAGAUCCUAGGAUUGAAGAUCUCAGCCAAGAAGUCAGAGGGUUUAUAUUCUCCAAAAUUCUGGAACGCAAACCUGAACUCACUUCAGAGAUAAUGACAUUCAGGGAUUAUCUUUUGUCAUCAACAAUAUCUGAUACACUUGAUGUUUGGGAACUAAAAGAUUUAGGACAUCAAACUGCACAGAGGAUAGUUCAAGCCUCUGAUCCUUUGCAAGCAAUGCAGGAAAUUAAUCAAAAUUUUCCAAGCAUUGUCUCUUCCUUAUCUCGCAUGAAGCUCAAUGAUUCAGUUAAAGAUGAAAUAAGUGCAAACCAGAGAAUGAUCCCACCUGGCAAGUCCUUAAUGGCUCUGAAUGGUGCUUUACUCAAUAUUGAAGAUAUUGACCUUUAUCUGUUGCUUGACUUGGUUCAUCAAGAUUUAUCAUUGGCUGAUCAUUUUUCAAAUUUGAAGAUUCCUCAUAGCACUGUACGGAAACUCCUUGCAAGUCUGCCUCCUCCAGAAUCUAAUAUGCUCCGUGUAGAUUUUCGUUCAAAACAUGUUCAAUAUCUAAAUAACAUAGAAGAAGAUGCUAUGUAUAGGCGAUGGAGGAAUGAUCUAAAUGAGAUUUUGAUGCCAGUCUUCCCCGGUCAGAUACGUUAUAUCCGGAAAAACCUUUUCCAUGCAGUUUCUGUUAUUGAUCCAUCAACUGUUUGUGGUCUUCAGUCCAUCGACAUGAUUUUGUCUUUGUACGAGAAUAAUUUUCCUAUGAGAUUUGGAGUUGUAUUAUAUUCUUCGAAGUUCAUCAAUCAUAUUGAAGCUAGUGGCAGUGAAUAUGACCAUGAAAUUGGGGAGGAUAUGUCCAGCUUGAUUAUACGUCUCUUCAUUUAUAUAAAGGAGAAUCAUGGAAUUCAAACAGCUUUCCAGUUUUUAAGCAACAUAAACAAGUUGCGGAUUGAUUCUGAAGAUUCUGCUGAUGAUGCUCUUGAAAUGCACCACGUGGAAGGAGCAUUUGUAGAAACUGUAUUGCCCAAGGCAAAAUCUCCACCUCAAGAUUUACUGCUAAAACUGGAGAAGGAGCAAACUUUCAAGGAACUUUCUCAAGAAAGCUCCAUGUUUGUCUUUAAGCUGGGUUUGGCGAAGCUGCAGUGUUGCUUGUUGAUGAAUGGGCUUGUGUUGGACUCGAAUGAGGAGGCUCUUAUAAAUUCCAUGAAUGAUGAGCUGCCCAGAAUACAGGAGCAAGUAUACUAUGGGCAUAUAAAUUCGCGAACAGAUGUUCUUGAUAAGUUUUUGUCAGAAAGUGGUACGACUCGCUAUAAUCCACAGAUUAUUGCUGGAGGAAAGCCAAGGUUCAUUUCUCUGUCUACUUCGGUUUUUGGAGGGGAAGGUGUCUUAAAUGAUAUUAACUAUUUGCAUUCUCCCGAAACUAUGGAUGAUUUGAAGCCCGUGACCCAUCUUCUAGCUGUGAAUAUUGCAUCAAAGGAAGGGAUGAAGCUGCUUCGUGAAGGCUUGCACUAUCUGAUAGAAGUGUCCAAUCGUGCUCGAGUAGGUGUGCUUUUUAGUGUCAAUCAGGAUGCUGAUGUCUCUAGGCAUCUUUUUGUGAAGGUGUUUGAAAUCACUGCAUCCUUGUAUAGCCAUAAGAAAAAGGUGUUAGAUUUCCUGGAUCAGAUGUGCUCAUUCUAUGAUCAUAAUUAUUUGCUUCCAUCAUCUAAGGGUGCUGAGAGCACUCAAGCAUUUAUAGAUAAAGUCUGUGAAUUGGCUGAGGCUAAUGGAUUGUCAUCAAAGGCCUACAGACUUGCUCUAUCUGAAUUUUCUGAUGACAAAUUGAGAAAAUAUAUGAAUAAGGUAUCACAAUUUUUUUAUAGGCAGCUUGGCAUUGAAACUGGUGUUAAUGCAGUCAUUACUAAUGGAAGGGUGACACUCGUAAAUGAUGGGGGCACAUUCUUAAGCCAUGAUUUACGUCUUCUAGAGUCCCUAGAGUUUGCCCAGAGAAUAAGGCACAUUGUGGAAAUUAUUGAAGAAGUGAAGUGGCAGGAUAUGGAUCCCGACAUCCUAACAAGCAAAUUCAUUAGUGAUACUAUCAUGCUUGUGUCAUCUUCCAUGGCUAUGCGGGAUCGAAGUUCUGAAAGUGCACGCUUUGACAUUUUGAAUGCACAAUAUAGUGCCAUUGUUUUGAACAAUGAAAAUGCUAGUAUUCAUAUCGAUGCGGUUAUUGAUCCUUUAAGUCCAUUUGGGCAGAAGCUAUCAUCAAUUCUUCAAGUUCUAUGGAAAUACGUUCAGCCUAGCAUGAGGAUUGUACUAAAUCCGUUGAGUUCUCUUGUUGAUCUUCCUCUGAAGAAUUACUACAGAUACGUCCUACCAACAGUGGAUGACUUCAGCAGCACUGACUACACAAUAAAUGGGCCAAAAGCUUUUUUCGCAAACAUGCCACUGUCCAAAACUCUCACGAUGAAUAUUGAUGUUCCUGAUCCAUGGCUAGUUGAGCCUGUUAUUGCAGUCCAUGACCUGGAUAAUAUUUUGCUUGAGAAUCUUGGUGAGACACGGACAUUACAAGCUGUGUUUGAACUCGAAGCUCUUGUUCUUACGGGUCAUUGUUCUGAGAAAGAUCAUGAUCCUCCCCGAGGCCUUCAGUUGAUUAUUGGUACUAAGAGUACUCCUCACUUGGUUGAUACUCUUGUGAUGGCCAAUCUGGGUUAUUGGCAAAUGAAAGUGUCUCCUGGAGUUUGGUACUUGCAACUUGCUCCAGGUAGAAGCUCUGAACUUUAUUUUCUGAAAGAGAAUGGUGAAGGAAGUGGGAGCAAAACAUUAUCCAAACGUAUCACUAUGGAUGAUUUACGGGGUAAAGUAGUUCACAUGGAAGUAGCAAAGAAAAAGGGAAAGGAGCAUGAGAAAUUGCUGGUUCCUGAUGGCGAAGACAACUCACGCGAUAAUAAGGAGGGUAGUAGCUGGAACUCCAACUUCUUGAAAUGGGCUUCUGGUUUUAUUGGUGGCAGUGAGCAAUCUAAAAAGAGUGAAAGUACUUCAGCGGAGCAAGGAAAGGGUGGACGACAUGGAAAAACGAUUAAUAUUUUCUCUAUUGCUUCUGGACACCUGUAUGAACGUUUUCUGAAAAUCAUGAUUUUAAGUGUCUUGAAGAACACCCGCCGUCCAGUCAAAUUUUGGUUCAUAAAGAAUUAUCUCUCUCCUCAGUUCAAGGAUGUCAUUCCACCUAUGGCUCAAGAGUAUGGUUUUGAGUAUGAACUAAUAACCUACAAGUGGCCUACAUGGUUGCAUAAGCAGAAAGAAAAGCAACGGAUUAUUUGGGCCUAUAAAAUCUUGUUCCUUGACGUUAUCUUUCCCCUUUCGUUGGAAAAGGUCAUUUUUGUUGAUGCAGAUCAAAUUGUAAGGGCAGACAUGGGAGAGCUCUAUGACAUGGAUAUAAAAGGACGACCUCUGGCAUAUACUCCAUUUUGUGACAACAACAGGGAUAUGGAUGGAUAUCGGUUUUGGAGACAAGGUUUCUGGAAAGAACAUUUACGGGGGAGAUCCUACCACAUAAGUGCUUUAUAUGUUGUCGAUUUGAAGAAAUUUCGAGAGACUGCAGCAGGAGAUAAUCUGAGAGUUUUCUAUGAGACUCUUAGCAAGGACCCAAACAGUUUAUCUAAUUUGGACCAGGAUCUUCCAAACUAUGCUCAACAUACAGUACCCAUCUUUUCAUUACCGCAAGAAUGGCUGUGGUGCGAGUCAUGGUGCGGUAAUGCAACAAAAUCCAAAGCAAAAACCAUUGAUCUUUGCAACAACCCCAUGACAAAGGAGCCCAAGCUUCAGGGGGCUCGAAGAAUAGUUUCUGAAUGGCCAGAUCUUGAUUUGGAGGCAAGUCAAUUCACGGCGAAGAUCUUAGGUGACGAACUGGACAUCCAAGAGCCCGCACCACUUCCUAGUCCAUCAGAGAAAUCAGUGACUGGCAGUCCGGAGGAGGACCUUGAAUCCGAGGCAGAGCUGUGAAUGCAAUAUAACAAACGCUAUGGUUCAGUUUAAGCAGAGAGAAUACUCGAAAGAUCUAAGGUAACAAGUACACUUACACAUAAUUUGACCUCAAAGGCGAAGCCCCUUGCAAACGGUGCUCCUGUGUGCUAAACGAGAGCUUUCGGCUAAGCAGCAAGAAGAGAAUGUGAUACCUAAAGAUGGAGGCCUUGCAGGCAUUCUAUGUCGUUGCAUUAGCUACCGAGACUCAUUCGGGCUUAUUAAUUAUGCACCCUCGAUGCACUCUUGAGAAGGAAAAAAGAGAUUUUGUUGAGCAAAUUUUGCUAAAGAAAUUUAUGUGAACGUUUGAAACUGUGAUGGAUGACAAGAGAAAUGAAAUAUGUUUACUUUA